AACCAACACGGAUCGAGAUGGCCAACGUAAACCUGGCUUCGGUGGUGCUCCGCAAUGCCCUUCGUCAGAAGAUGGGCGUUCGCUUCUCGCACGAUAUGAUUCUCCAGAAGAUUGGCAAGCGCGAGGUCGUCGGCCACGGCUGGAACGGUAUGCCGGUGUACGCUGACCGCAUCGACUACCCGAUGCCGCCAAUCCGCUUCAAGGAAGUGACACCCGACGUUCAGGCCCUCCGCGAGAAGGAGAAGGGUGACUGGAAGAAGCUGUCCGUCCAGGAGAAGAAAGCCCUGUACCGUGCGUCGUUCUGCCAGACAUUCGCCGAAAUCAAGUACCCAACCGGCGAGUGGAAGAUGCACCUCGGUUUCGGUCUGAUCGCCAUGUCGAUGAGCGUCAUCGCCAUGCUGUUGAUGAAGGCCUUCGUGUACGAUGAGGUGCCAAUCACUUUCGACGACGAGCACCAGAAGGCUCAGCUCAAGCGUAUGCUGGACCUCCAGGUCGGUUCCGUUACCGGUCUCUCGUCCAAGUGGGACUACGACAACAACAAGUGGAAGUAAACGUCUGUGUCCUCCUGCACUGGUGGUCGUAGGGUAUUAGUUGGUAAAUGUGUAUUAUAUUAAUCCUAAAUUGGCAUCAACUAUAAGCGCACGUCGUCGCAAGCCGCUUUCCAAG